CCAGCUCUUUGAAAGCGGCGUUUGUAGUCCACGGUGGUCGAGCUUUCGUCUGAGUCGAGGUGCGCAGAGGAAUAAAAGACACACAGAACAGAAUGGCUUCCAUGCUGCUGAACUCGAUGCGGAGCUGCCCUGUCAGCCCUUCCUGGGCUGUGCGGUUGGGGGCACGUUCUCUCAGCUCAACGGCACCGCUUCAGGCACAGGUUCAGACAAAAAGCAAGAAGACACUGGCUCGACCUGGUGUGAAGAACAUAGUCCUGGUGGAAGGGGUCCGAACCCCUUUUCUGUUGUCUGGAACAGCGUAUGCAGACCUAAUGCCCCAUGACCUGGCCAGAGCAGCUCUGCAGGGUCUGCUGAACAAAACGGCAAUCUCCAAGGACGCAGUCGACUACAUCAUAUAUGGAACAGUCAUUCAAGAAGUCAAAACCAGUAAUGUAGCACGAGAGGCAGCGCUUGGUGCAGGUUUCUCAGACAAGAUCCCAGCUCACACCGUCACCAUGGCCUGCAUCUCCUCCAACCAGGCAAUGACCUCAGCGGUGGGUUUGAUUGCUGCUGGCCAGUGUGACGCUGUUGUGGCGGGAGGGGUAGAGUUCAUGUCGGACGUCCCAAUCCGCCACAGCCGGAAGAUGAGAAAGACCAUGCUGUCCCUCAAUAAGGCAAAGACUCUGGGCCAGAGGCUGAGUCUGAUCGGAAGCAUCCGGAUGGCACACCUCUCCCCAGAGCUCCCCGCUGUGGCCGAGUUCUCCACCGCGGAAACGAUGGGCCACAGCGCCGAUCGUCUGGCUGCUGCGUUUGGCGUCUCCAGAGUGGAGCAGGAUGAGUUUGCUCUGCGAUCACACUCGCUGGCCAAGAAAGCUCAAGACGCCGGGCUGCUGGAGGAUAUCAUCUCCUUUAAAGUGCCUGGUCGUGAUAUAGUGUCAAAGGAUAACGGCAUCCGUCCAUCGUCCAUGGAGCAAAUGGCAAAGCUAAAGCCCGCCUUCGUCAAACCUCACGGCACAGUCACCGCCGCCAACUCAUCCUUCCUGACGGACGGUGCCUCUGCAGUGCUCAUCAUGUCAGAAGAGAAAGCUCUGGCUAUGGGCUACAAACCUAAAGCCUACCUCAGAGACUUUGUGUACGUGUCUCAGGACCCGAAAGAUCAGCUGCUUUUAGGUCCAACUUACGGAACACCCAAAGCUCUGGAGCGGGCCGGACUGUCUAUGAGUGAUAUUGAUGUGUUUGAGUUCCACGAAGCAUUCGCUGGUCAGAUCAUGGCAAACCUGAAGGCCAUGGACUCGGACUGGUUUGCCCAAACAUACAUGGGCAGGAAGUCGAAGGUUGGCGUUCCUCCGAUGGAGAAGUUCAACCUGUGGGGAGGGUCUCUGUCUCUGGGCCACCCGUUCGGCGCCACCGGGUGCAGACUGGUGACCACAGUGGCCCACCGGCUGAAGAAGGAGGGGGGACAGUAUGGACUGGUGGCAGCCUGUGCUGCAGGAGGACAGGGUCAUGCUAUGGUGAUUGAGGCCUACCCACAGUAACCAAUUCAGAGGACAUAAUCCCAGAUCUCAAUCUUGACGGCUGAACUCACACACGGUACCAUCCAGACAGAGUGUACAUAUUAGCACCACCAUGCCUUGAUCGGAGACGAGUCAGAUGCAGUGUGUGAAUGUUUGAUGAAUCUCGUGUAAAUUCAGCUUUUCUUUGAGGCUUUUAAAUGACGACAGACCAGACUAUUGUUGAGGGAAGUUGACUUUGUUUUGUUGACUGUCAGCUGCGUCUUAUCUGCAGUGCCUCUAAAUCUAAUGUAACAUAGUAAAACUAAAGAAUGCAGAGAAGCCUCAGUGAUCCUAAUGUUUAUAUUAGCUGUAUUUUUUUUUUCAUACAAACUAUUGGAAUAAAGGUGUGUGAUUGAAACCACACUAACGCUCA